AUGUCAGUCACUAAUGUCCCGCCUUCCACAGAUGAGUCGUCCGAACGGGAUCAAGGCACCGAUGCGACCGAGAUCCAGGAUGCCUCCGCCGUCGCAUCUUCGGACCCCGUGUCCCUCUCCGCCGAUCCAACCGCGAGCACAUCUGCUGCGGAGGAACCGACCUCAAAGAAACGCCAUUUACUGAUACCCAUCCCAUCGCGCCGGUCCUCCAAGACCAACAAACAGUCGGGGGAGAAGACCGAGGACGCGCAAGAGGAACCCCGAAGGGGCUCCAAGGUGAGCAUCCUACGGGGAAAACGGGAUCACAGUCGGGCCAGCAGUAAACGGUCGCGCCGGACUCAGGAUGGAGCCAAUGUGGAGGAAAACAAGGAAACGGCAACUGCGCCCGAGGCCAGUUCUUCAAAGCCCCCGAAAAAGGGCCCAAACAAGCUUCUGGCUUUCUUGGGCUGUUGCUCUUCUUCAGACGUGGACGGUGACGAUGCUGCUUUGCCCGCGAAGAAAACCACCAUGCGGCCAGCUACCUCGAAUCGACUGCCCACCCCUGACAAGGCGGAAGCUCACACCGGCGACUCCAGCACCGCGGAAUCGAGAGAGCCAUACCUAGACGAAAAGGCAAACUCCACCGUCAGCGCGGAUCAGCCAGGGGACGAGGAGCGCAACCUGCAGGCGGUUGCAGGCGGUGCUCAAGCCGAAGGACCUUCCACAAGCGUCGUUCAACCGGAAAUCUCAGGCCAAAAGGACCAACGAGAAGAGAUUUCCGUGCCCGCUGAAACCGACGCUGGCAGUAAUCCAGUUGCCGACUUGAAAACACACGAGAUGUCUCCAGAUUUGGACGGUCAAACAAGCGCAACGACUGAAGACCUACCUCCUGCCCCAACCUCAACUGCACCAACUUCCAACAUGUCUGAUAAAUCUAUCGACGCUGAAAACAAUGACGAUACUGUCAACCACCAAGAAGAGACCCCGCAGUCUGCUAUGGUACUCCCACCUCCCCCGCCCGCUCCAGCCCCUCCAGCUCGAGGAUAUCCCGAGAACGUUCCUCGGCCCUUGCUCCCCGCACCUUUGCCUCACUUGAGUGGAAGAAAAUGCUUGGUACUUGAUUUGGAUGAGACGCUUGUGCACAGCAGCUUCAAGGUUUUGGAACGCGCCGAUUUUACCAUUCCAGUUGAGAUUGAAGGCCAGUAUCAUAACAUUUAUGUGAUCAAGCGCCCUGGUGUGGAUGCUUUCAUGAAGCGCGUCGGUGAACUCUAUGAAGUAGUGGUGUUCACCGCUUCAGUCUCAAAGUAUGGUGAUCCUCUUCUGGAUCAACUGGAUAUUCACAAUGUCGUCCAUCACCGUCUGUUCCGUGAGAGCUGUUACAACCACCAGGGAAAUUAUGUCAAGGAUCUUUCGCAAGUUGGUCGAGACUUGAAGGAAACUAUCAUCAUCGACAACUCCCCCACCUCCUAUAUCUUCCAUCCUGAGCACGCGAUCCCUAUCAGUAGCUGGUUCUCUGACGCUCACGACAACGAGCUGCUCGACUUGAUCCCUGUCCUCGAGGAUCUUGCAGGUCCACAAGUACAAGAUGUCAGCAUGGUCCUGGACGUCAGCUUAUAA